AGCGAAUGAAUAAGGCCGCGCAGACAAGGGUGUCCGAUCCACGCGCGCUCCACACCCGGGCCCUCUCCAAGUUGGAAAGGACAAAAAGAAGGCAAUAAAUGCUAAAAGGAAGAGAGAGCGAGCCGGAUCGAGCGGCAACUCCCAGCGUCUGCUGGAACAGGAGGAGCGAGGCAGCCGGAGGAGCGAGCGCGCGCGAGGCCGAGCCCUGCGCGCCGAGACCCGGACCCCGGACCGCGCUCCUCCUGCGCGCUGCUGGCAGUCAGAUCGCGUUUGAGCAAUUUCCUGAGCCCAGGAACAGCAAUGAGCCGGGAGACUUUCGCGAGCUGAAACUGGGAGCGCUAAGCACUUUUCCUCCACUUUUUCCCCCUGGAGAAGGGGGGGAGGGCGCUACAAUUUGGAAACGGCUUUUUUUUUUUUUUUUUUUUUUUUAAUCGUGCACUUUGGAACCGCGGUGCUGGGCAGGGUGCGCGCGUGCGACUGGUGCUUUUUUCCCCCCCUCCCCUUCCCUGCCUAAACUCCUCUGUCAGUCUGUAAACAUUACCUGAGAAUUCCCCGGCCGAAACGGCUGCUAGGGCAAGAAACUUCUUGUCAGAACUUCCCACCUCCGACUUCCCCGCCACCCCUCGCUCCGUCCCGACCUACGGAGACGCUUUUUCUCCUCCCGAGGAGGAUUUAUCUUUUAAUUUUAUUUUUUUUAAUUUUACCCCUUUUUCUCACUCGGUGGAUUGUUUUUGGAGAGAGGUCAUUACAAGAGUAGCCAAGCGGAACGCCUCUCUCCUCCGUAUUCGGGUUAUUGAUUAUUGUUUGGGGUGUUUUCUUAAUUCCUGUUUUGCUCGGUCCGGGGAGUUUCGCCCCCUGCCCUGCUGCGCGGCGCGUAGGAUGGUGUGGAAAUGGCUGGGCGCCUUGGUGGUGUUCCCCCUGCAGAUGAUCUAUCUGGUGGCGAAAGCAGCCGUCGGACUGGUGCUGCCCGCCAAGCUUCGGGACCUGUCCCGGGAGAACGUCCUCAUCACCGGCGGAGGGCGAGGCAUCGGGCGCCAGCUCGCCCGAGAGUUUGCGGAGCGCGGCGCCAGAAAGAUUGUUCUCUGGGGCCGGACGGAAAAAUGCCUGAAGGAGACAACGGAGGAGAUUCGGCAGAUGGGCACCGAGUGCCACUAUUUCAUCUGUGACGUGGGCAACCGGGAGGAGGUAUACCAGAUGGCCAAAGCUGUCCGGGAGAAGGUGGGUGACAUCACCAUCCUAGUGAACAAUGCUGCCGUGGUCCACGGAAAGAGCUUGAUGGACAGUGACGAUGACGCCCUCCUCAAGUCCCAGCACAUCAACACCCUGGGGCAGUUCUGGACCACCAAAGCCUUCUUGCCUCGCAUGCUGGAGCUGCAGAAUGGCCAUAUCGUGUGCCUCAACUCCGUGCUGGCGCUGUCUGCCAUCCCCGGGGCCAUCGACUACUGCACAUCCAAAGCAUCAGCGUUCGCCUUCAUGGAAAGCCUGACCCUGGGGCUGCUGGACUGUCCAGGCGUCAGUGCCACCACUGUGCUGCCCUUCCACACCAGCACGGAGAUGUUCCAGGGUAUGAGGGUCAGGUUCCCCAACCUCUUCCCCCCGCUGAAGCCAGAGACGGUGGCCCGGAGGACAGUGGAGGCUGUGCAGCUCAACCAGGCCCUGCUCCUGCUCCCGUGGAGCAUGCACAUCCUCAUUAUCUUGAAAAGCAUACUGCCACAGGCUGCACUGGAGGAGAUCCACAGAUUCUCAGGAACCUAUACCUGCAUGAACACUUUCAAAGGACGGACAUAGAGGCAGGAGGCAGAGGCAUGCCACAGAGCCUGAGGGCCCACAGCACCUGGGCGCACACCCACACCUGUCCGUGGGCUCGUUACUGCUGGGUGAGCUGGUCUGCUGCUGUUCAGGCAAAGACUCUCAACACCUCGGGUCAGCCCCAGGACCUUUGCACAGGACUGAUGGGUGCAACUCUGACCUCCACGGGGAGGCAAGAAUCCAGUCAGCAGCCACCUUGACACUUUUGUAUAUUUCUAAUUCUGUAGAGUUUAUUGUUACAUUGCUUCUCAAGUCUAACCAGCCUCAGCCGUGUGCAUAGACUAUUUCCAGGAGCGUCUGUCCCAGACGCUCCGCCUUCCCCUCCGGAACCCACUCAUCUUCAGCUUGUGCAAACUGGUUGAACGGCAGGAAUGAAAAAUAAAGAGCAAUGGCUUUUGCAA